UUCGAAGUAGCGUCGCCGUCGGAGUCCCGCGAGUAGCGGCCGGCUGCGUCUGUUUCCAUCGCACCAACUCGGAGGCCACCGCAGACGGCUCUAUGCAUGGCAUACAUCUCAGUGUGUUGCGCUGUCCUCCCUGCAGUUGACUCGCGUCGUCGACGGGCAAGGCGUCGCGUUCGGCCCGCCCCGGCAGAGUGUCGGCUCGACAGGGAAGGACCAACGGGCCGGGACCGGGCUGGAGCCAAAAGAGACUCUAAAACACCUCUGAGCACAGAUGGCUUGGCAGCGACCCCUCGGACACUGGCUCCGCGCCCUGUGCGCUGCGCUUUGCCUGUCGGCGCCGGGACUGGCCCUGUCGACCACCAACAGCACCACCACUGCCGCGGGAGACCUGGAUUCCACGCCCGCCACCACCACCACCACCACCACCACCACCACAACCACAACCACUGAGGCGACCCGCUGCAGGACGUUCUACGCGCACGGGGAGGCGUCCCGGACGGACGGCUUGGGGUACAGCACGCAGUUGCUGUGGCGCGAGCACGCCACGCCCACGACGCCGGGCUGGCCCGGCUCCCGGACGCUGGCUGUCAACGUGACGGCCACGGAGGGCGCGCGCGUGAUGCUGGGCAGCGCGGCGCGGGCGCUGCCGGGCCAGCAGCACUACGAGCUGGUGCUGGGCGCCGCGGCCAACGCGUCUCGCCUGCUCGUCCACGGAGCGCACCACGUCAGGGGCGGCGGGCCGCCGGCGACCCCGCCCGCCACCGACGCGCCCCUGUUCGAGGAGGGCGACCUGCAGCUGUGGCUGCGGUGGACGCCGGGGGGUAGCGGCGCCAACGCGACCGGCCGUCUGGAGGUCACCGCUCAACCGGCCGGGCGCAGCGAACCUUUCCUGCUCUUCAACUACACCACCACCACGCCCAUUCAGGUGGAGACGUUCAGCUUCGGCAGCACUGUCCCCGGAGACGUCGCGUUCACGGUGUGCUACUCCGGGGCCAGCGACGCCCGCCAAAAGUCUGGCCUCGGUGUGCCCGGGUGUCGCUCGCUGCUCGUGCACGUAGAGAACAGCUACGCCAACGUCCACAGCCUGGCGAUGCACUGGUCGCACACUGCGCACCACCACGGCCAGCUUCAGUUCUGGGCCCGCGCCUCCACUGACGUGGAAGUGAUCGUCUCCGACCGCCUGCACCUGAAGCGGAACGACCCCAAGUACCACGUUGUCUACGGGGGAGACUUCAACACCAAGAGCUGGGCCAUAGGUUACGAGAAGACCGGCUCCCGCCAGGCGGUGGCCAAAUCACCCGCCCUCCUGUCCGACAUCCAGUUCCGACCUCUGUGGCUGUCGGUGACUGCUCAAGGCGCCCUCAAGGCCGGCAGUGGAGAUCUCCACGCCAAGAACAACACGAGCGUCGUCACUCUCCUGUCCUGGCGGCACCCUCGCGCUCCCGAUCCGAAAUUCCUUACCUUCGCCACAUUCAGGCAGCGAAUGGUCCACGUCCUGAUAGACUGCGCCGAGUCGCCUUCCCUGCCACCAUCUCAAGAUUAUCCAUCCGACAUGCUUGACGAGGUACGAAGCGCCUUGUUUUCGGCCCGUUCCCCGGCCUCGUCCUUGGAGAUGGACAUAGGGAGGCUGUCAUUGCACAACGGCACCUUGACCGCCACUGGGAACCUACUCCAGGAAUGGAACCAUCUGAACAUCAAGUGGAAUCCAAACUGGUUUGAUGCAGUGAGACGAAUGGAGUUUUGGCUAAAAUAUUUGGAUGAGUCCUUUGGUAAUGCAACAGCAACUUCAGUUUCUUCCUUGAGUCUAGGUGCUGAAGUCAUUUUGGAACCCGCAAUAUUAGAAGUAAAUGCCAAUAGAACAAUAACUUUGAAGUUUCCGCUGAGACUUCAAAUGCCAUGCAUGCAUAAUACUCAAAACAAUUCAGAAACUUGCUCUCUGUCAAUUCAAAUAUAUUCUAAGUCAAGAGAUUACAGAGUCCAGACUUUGAAAAAUAUUCACAAAUGGAUGGUUCAAUGCCACACAGUCUUGAAUAAUGAUAGCAUGCAGCUUCAUUUUGUUGCAAUCAGCAAGUACCAGCAAGAAAACCAAAAUAUCACUGCAGCUUUGUCAACACCAUCUAUUCAACAGAGGCAUUAUAAUGUAUGGCUGAAGUGGAUGAGCAUUGUUUUAGCUCUGGCUUCUCUUGUCUUGGUUUUCCUCACAAGUAAACACCUGAAUUACAAAAGAAACCCCCCAAAAUGGUUUUUAAAUGUUCUUGCCAAGUCCAAAAAAUUAAAAACAAGCCUCUGUCAAAAGGAAAUGGAGGAUAAUAUCCUCAUUGUUGGAUAUGAUGGAUUGUCUGCAAAUAUAAUUGGAACCAACCCUAAGGAGUUCCAGGACUCAGAACAAAAUAGUGGCGAAGUAUCCCAGAUACAAGAUAGCACAUAUUCUUCCUCCGGUAAGAGGGGCCACAAGCAUUUAACCAGAACUCGAUGCACAGAACUGACAAUAUUGACAUUCAUAUCUACUAGUUUAAUAGUUUCAUUGAUGGAUUUGGUCAUUUCAUUAAAAUAAAGAAAAGAAAUAGAAAA